AUGAAGGACCGACUGGCGCAGCUGAAGGAGAAGAGUGAUGGAGGCGAUGACAUUGAGAUUCCUGUGGAGAACCAGAACUUUAUGGAUGAUUUCUUUACUCAGAUCGAAGAUAUCCGCACCAGCAUUGACAAGAUUGACGAGAGCGUCACAGAAAUCAAAAAACUCUACUCCACCAUCUUGUCAGCCCCCACAUCGGACCAGAAAACACAUGAUGACCUUGAAGCCGUCACCAACGAGAUCAAGAAGUCUGCCAACAAUGCCAGAAACAAACUGAAGACUAUCGAGCGCCAGCUUGAGUCAAACACAGAUGAGAGGGCCUCAGCUGACCUCAGGAUACGCAAAUCACAGCAUGCUAUCCUGGCCAAGAAGUUCGUAGAGGUGAUGACAAAAUACAAUGAGGCUCAAGUUGACUUCAGAGAUAAAAGCAAAGGACGAAUCGCCCGACAGCUGGAGAUCACGGGGAAAGCAACGACUGAUGAGGAGCUGGAGGAGAUGCUGGAGGGAGGCAACGCAGCUGUCUUCACUGCCGGGAUCAUGGACUCUAAGAUCAACCAGCAGGCCCUGAAUGAGAUCGAGGCUCGUCACAAAGACAUCGUGAGGCUGGAGAGCAGCAUCAAAGAGCUCCAUGACAUGUUUGUUGAUAUCGCCAUGCUGGUUGAGAAUCAGGGUGGCAUGAUCGACAGAAUUGAGAGCAACAUGGACCAGUCAGUGGGCUUUGUAGAGAGGGCUGUGGCUGACACCAAAAAGGCAGCCAAAUUCCAGCAGGAGGCACGCAGGAAACAAAUGAUGAUCUUCUGCUGCUGUGUGAUUUUGGCCUUGAUACUCGGUUCCUUUGUCUACAGCUUCUUCAAAUAGAAAGCCUGAACGAGGCCCCCCACCAGCUGAGU